AUGCUAUCACCCGCAAAUCUGGACGAAAUCAAGGAACGUAUCAGCAAAAAUGAAGAGAAAAUCAAUGUUCUCCAGGCGAUCAAUAACGUGCUGAAGGAGCGACACGAAAUAGAAUCGAAUUACAAAAAUCUAGCGCUCAAGUUUAAGGAGAUGCAGGAGGAAGAGGCACACCGCCGGGCGAAGGUACGUAGUUUCGAUGAGGUACGCAAAAAGCAGCUAGCUGAGCUGCAAGCGAAGGGAGAAGCCCUCUGUCGAGAGAAAGCAAAGUUGCAGCACCAAAUCGAGCAUGUCACCUGGCAUCUGGAAGGAUGCCGCCGACGUCGUCCCUGCCUGGCACGGUUGCCAGAAAACUGCCCACUUAAAGGCGACGCACCAAGUUGUCUGCCGCAUUCCCCAGAAAAACUGAAAAUUAUGGCAAACAUGAAAAGCACUGCUGACCAUCUCGUGCGUGGCAUCAUGGACCUGCGGAAAAAGAUCCACAUCGUCCAAGACAAGCUGGAGCAUGAAGUUGCGCGUAAGAAGGAGAUGGAAAAGAAGUUGGCCGAUUUGCGGAAGGAGAUCUGCCGCCAUAACAAGUGCAUGCAACAGCAGCAGCAGCAGCAACAUCAGCAGCACCAUCAUCACCAUCAGCAGCAAGCGCAUCAGCAUCAUCAUCAUCACCAUCACACGGUACCAGCUGGUGGAUCAACCGGUGGAGCAGGAGGACACGGUACAACAUCGCUACCACCGAUAGCCAAGAAUUGCAUCGCGACAAAAUAG